AUGUGCGUGUUUAAAUGUAAAUGGUAUGAUCCAAGUUUGCGACAAGGAACACGAAAGCACAAGGACUACGAUAUCACUGAAGUUAAUUCUAGUUGGGUAGUUGUGGUUAAGACUAAGCCAAGAGGCCACAUCGAGUCUGAUGAUAGGAUAGAGGGUCGGGAACCUUACCAGAUUGAGGAUCCAACUCCUUCAAAAACAGUGGUUGAUACCAAUGAGACAAUCAGCCUUAGAUUUGCUGUUAUGGGUGAUGACAUCAUUGACCUUGGACUAGAUGUCGACGCACUUCCACCAGAGGACGACGAUCUUCAAGAAGAAGACGGGAUCAAUAGUGACGAAGAAGAGGAUGACGAGUUCGAUGAUAAUCAGAAAAUUUCCUCGAAAGAGGAGAAUGGUGAUGAACCAGAGAAAGAAGAUGAUGAAUCUGAUUAG